AUGGUAUCUUAUGUAAGAACAAGUGAAGCUUUCAAAACUCACAUAAUUGGUAUUCUAUGUAUGGUAGUCAUCUGUAUGUUUUUCAGGGCGCGCGCUGCAAACACUGAAUAUAAUAGUAACAGUACAGAAAUUAAUACAGAACAGGCAAGUGCAUUGCAAGAAAUCUAUAAAAAUGACACGGCGUAUAAUCCAGAAGAGCCACUUGAUUUGAGCAUUAAAAAGAAAACAUACACAGUAGUUCGCAAAUUCUAUCUAAAUAACGAUGGAACGCUAUUCUAUAUAAAUAGAACAAAUCAUAAAAUAUACAUACACUUCACCGAGUAUAUAGCCAAUAUCGACGAAAUAUUUUAUAGAGUAUAUACUGACGCUUUGGGCAACCUGGUCUAUAUAAAUAUUGCAAUCAAUCCUUAUGCCAGUGGCAAAUACACAGGCAGUAGUAUUGCACAGUACGCAUUAAAUAGUCCAGCUGGAGCACUCCCAAUGAAUGAGCGGAAGAGGACUUAUGCUUCAACAAGUUCAAAUAGUUAUUCGGAUGUAGAAAAUCCCAGAAAUACAAAAAUUAAGGAAAAAAAUGGUAAAUCUGCCAAACAUAGAUUCAUUAUAACCAGACAUCAUAAAAAAAUAUACACAAGUAUCCAACAGUACAUUAAUAUAGCACAUUCUAACCUAAUCAGAGAUAAACCUAAUGGUUUUUCAUACUGGUUUGAUAAUAGUGCCAUAAAUAACGAAAAUCCAAAAUGUAAUUGCGUUAUAUCAAUGAAUAACAAAAAUAUAGUUGGUAUAUGGCGCUUCAUAAUUAAAUCAACACAUGUCUCCCUAAAUCAAAAGAUAAACUGCAUUAAACAAUUGAUUAAUCAAAAAGGAAAAGAAAAUAUAAAUAAGCAAUUAGAAUAUUAUUAUUCCUUUUUGGAGGGCUUGAACGAAUACAUAGAAAGUCACAUAAAUACAGAGCACAUCCGAGCAAAAUACGACUACACAGAUAGCAGUAAGAACAACAUAUGCUCCGUGUCUAAAACAGAGCCAGAGACACUUGGAGAAAUAUAUGAGGAGACCCAAACAGAUCUUAAGUGGUGGGCUAACAGUAUGUCUAUUAUCUAUGCAAAAACUGAGAAGAUGAAGAAAGAAUGCUCAAUAGAUGAUGCAGCACUAAAAGAAAAGCUGCACUUUAUUCUAAAGCUGCCAGAGGUGCUCAGAGACUUGGUUCUGAUAACUCCCGAGAUACUGGUAAAAACAAAAGAAGAAAUGGAAAAGAUAUUUGGUUCAGAUACUAGCAGGGUUUUCUGCAUUAUAGAGUACUUAUACUACUUAGUGAAUGAUGAUGCUGACAAAAUGAAUAUUGCGUAUAAUGAAGUUAAAUCGCUAUUUGUGAACGAAGAAUCUAUAUGUACCUGCACUACUAUGGAGGUAUAUAGGGCUGUCUAUAAUGUGUUUUGUUCAUUUUACCAAUGUGCACCAUUUACCUGUGUAGCUGAUAUUAAAAGUGAAGAAGACAAUCCCGAAAAAAAAGAAGCACGCACUAAAAGAAUUUUUCAGUCCUACUGUCCGUACAUACCAAAGAGUGGUGUCUUCAGACUGCGUGGAAAAAGAGCAAUUGUAAGGGCACAGAUUAAAGGAUAUAUACAAACUGUAGAGUUGCCUAUGCCGAAUCAGCAGGAAAAUCAAAUGAGUGAACUUGUAUCAGAUUUUAGGUAUUUCAAUUCAGAGCUUAAUACGGAAUUUUUAAACAUAGCAAGCAGUGGUCACUAUCAUGUGCAGCUAGUUGACAACACACGCCACACAGUAAAACUCAUUCCUAUUCCAAUGAUAAAUCCUUCUUUUACUAAGAUUCACAAAGACCAAACUCAUUCAAUUCAAUGUAUAGUAGAGUACAUAAAAUCUAUACUGAGGUCGACCUAUCCAGAGAAGAGUUCAGAUUUUAAUGUUUAUCCAUUUAAAUACGAUAGAAUCGAUAAAACCUGGUUACUCAUAAACAAAGAAAAAGCGGAAAUACCAGACGAAAUAUCCCUGACUACUACUAUACAUAAAGUGAAUAAUUGUGGAUAUGAUGUAGUCUUCUACUACUUUAAAGAGGAUAUAGAUAAAACACUUUUUGUGCCCGUAGAUUUUAUGUGCCCCGUCGCUUCAAAAACCGAGAAAGCGCCAAGAAUUCCUCUAUUUCUCACAGAAUUCAUGCUAGUAAACACUGCAGUGGGGCCAUACAUAGCUGAUAGCUUAGUUUAUAUUAAUUUACUCCAAUUUAUCUCUAGCUCUAUUAAUAUAAAGAUUAAUACUAUUUUUCGUGCGAAUAUUCAUACUGAUAUAAACAGUCGGAAUCCAUCUGAUGCAACAAAAAACACAAAUAUAUUACAACUAGAAAGAAGCUAUAUUGACUACUACUACAGCGACUUUUUCAUUCUAAAUAUAUAUGAAAAAAAAGUCUGCACAGCAGAAUGUUUUAGUAUGUUUUCUACAAACGAAGUAUCCCUAAAUACCCCGAAGUUAUCUAUAAAAUGGAUUACACAGAUAAAGAAAAGUGUAAGCGAGUAUACAAGCUACUGGCUUAUUUUAGAUCCAAACCAAAACAUUCAGAAAAAAGACCAAAACAAAUGUGACAAAACAACUGUCUCGACACUUCUGAGUAUAUUGCAGAGUGAGAGUUCAUCGGGUGACAAAGUCACAUACGGUUUGUGCAUCUAUCAUAGAUUUUUAGAUGGUAAGGAAGUUGCGGUUCCAAUUAUGUGCGAGAAAAUGCGAAGGCUUUUGAGUGAGAACAUUGAUGGUGAGCUUAGGUCUAAAUAUGCAAUCUGUGAAAGUGAUAUUCUCCCUCCACGAAUUGAUAUUAAAGACAUAAAAGAGAGUACUUCUGUCUUUAUCACAGUAAAAACCUUUAACUACACGCAGGCAAACCUUGGAAUGCACUAUGACAUGCUAGCUGCUCUCUUCCAUAACAAAAAUAAAUCCACACCAGUAAUAAUAUCAACGAUCAGAUUGGAAGCAACACGAAAACCCGAAACAGUGCUAACAUGA